GCAAAGCAAGCUUACUUCAAAAACACAAACUGAUCUGAUCUGCUGCGUACGGAAGUUAAAAUUUGCAAAGAAUUGACUUGCAGAGAGAGAUGACGGUACAUGUGUUUUCUCUAUUAGCAUCAAUUACUCCAUGUCUUCUUUUGCUGAAUAAAAAUGUAAUUGCUUUGCCCCUAACAUGUCCGGUAUCGAUUUCGACUUUACGACACGUAACGCUUUGUCCUCAGUCUGAGAUGGAAUGGAAUGAGAGGGCUAAAGAAAAGGGGUGUGAAAUUCUGGCACGUCAUCAAAACUGCACAUCAGCAGAUGCAUUUUCCUAUCACUGCAUUCUUAAUGCAGAUGCAACAAGACUUGUUGAAGUCUGCGCUCCUAAGUGGUUUAUGACAGGAUAUUGUGCACGGUUUAGUAUAAAAGAGAAGAGAAUAAUAAACGACCCUGGACUUGACUGUACGAAGUUUGUUUCUCCGUGUCCACCAAGAUACAAUUCAACAGAAGCUUAUAAAUACCAAAAAUGUUACGCUGAAGUUGAGAGAACCACCAAUGGAAAUGAACAUGCUUCUUCUGCCUUUUUUUCCUCGCCUAUUUUCUGGAUAUUGAUAGUCCUGAGCUGUGUUUUACUGAUUGCACUUAUAACUAUCAUAUUUAUUCGAGGAAGGAAAAAAGAAGCGAAAAAACAAAACGUGGAAGAUACAGAGAAAAACAAUCAGAAAAAUGAAGAAAGUGACAAAAAUGAAAAAAAUCGUCCUUCUGAAACAGAACCCAAUCUUGAAGAUCAUAUAAACGACGAUGAUGGAAUCACAACAGAAAGGCCAGAUAACCAAAGUAAUGAAGAUGAAGAGUUAAUGAAAUUUGAAACUAUGACUGGAAAAACAGGAGAAUGUUCAGUGAAGGGUGUCACAAAUAUAGUUAUGCUGAGAGAGAAAUUGUCCAAAGAGCUACAAUUCCCGAAGGAGAUUAUUUUAGUAGUGGUUAAAGAGGAUGGAAUAAUCUAUAAUGACGACACUAAAUUUGAAGCUCUGAGGAGGCACCAAAGUAAAAUACAAUUAGUGAUUGGAAAAAAAGACCGAAUUGUGCAUGACCCUGAACUAGACGUCAUAUCCAAAAAACCACUACUGAACAGGAACUGUAAAAUGAGUUGUGGUCAUUUCACAGCUCCAGAGACUGCCUUUGAAUACACGAAAGAUAAAUUGACUGAAGGAGAAUCAGCUGUACUUUGUCCAACGUGUGAUAAUAAGUGGGAAAUGUCAGAACUCGUUCAAAAAUGUGAUAUGUCAAGGGAUGAACAAAUUUUCCUUGAACACCUCAUAUCGCUGAAUCUGAUAACUAAAAUGCGAUACAAAACAUAAGCGCUAUUACUUCACAUUUACUGUCCGCUCUGAAUGAACAUGUUGCACAAAUUAUUUUGAGUUCAUUGUUAAUUGUGAUUCGUAGGACAAGAUAUCUCGAAAAAAAAUAGUUUUGUUAUCAAUCAAUGAGUAAAAAAACAUAAAAUUGUGAAGGAGCUCAUUUCGUUCUGCCUCGGUCAAAUCUUGUGCUUCAUAAAAAAAUAUAAGAUAUUUGGAAAUAUAUAUUAUUAUUAUUUAAUAUAAUGAUUGAGGUAUUCUAUAUGUUUCCAACAGAUACUUAUUUCAUAUAAAGCGAUAAAGCUAAUAAUGAUUUUUGUUUUUGUUUUGUCUCUUUUGUUUACAGUUCACUUAAAUCUCUUUGCAAAAGUUUUAUUUCCUUUCUUUAGACAUUAAUUUCAUUAUGUGUAGUUAAUAAGAUAUCAACGGUUGAACACUGAUA